AUGCGUAGUUCAAAUAGCGUCCCUAUAGGAAAGAUGGCGGGAGUGGCUUUGAUGCUGCGUUCGGCGUUUCGGCAGUUCUUCCCCAUGCCAUGUGCUGGUCAAACAAGAGGUUAUUAUGUGGACUGGAGGAUGGUACGUGAUGUUAAGAGAAGGAAAAUGGCUUUUGAUUAUGCAGAUCAGAGACUGCGGCUGAAUUGCCUUAGGAAAAAUAAAAUUUUGCCUAAAGAACUCCAGGAAAUUACCGAUAAGGAGAUAGCUGAUCUUCCCCGAGAUAGUUGCCCUGUGCGGAUCCACAAUCGAUGUGUUCUGACAUCCCGACCUAGAGGUGUAAAAAAGAGAUGGAGGCUCAGCCGAAUUGUCUUCCGUCAUCUGGCUGACCAUGCCCAGCUCUCUGGGAUACAGAGGGCAAUGUGGUGACCUACAAGCAAGUAAUCUCUUAACGUGACAAAACUGAAUCCUAAUUGAAAAUUCCUGGACAUGGUGUGCAAGAAUGAGAGAUUAAGUAUGUUGACAAGGAUAUCAGUCUGAUAUUAUGAAGAUGUGAACCUACUCUUGCAACUAAGAAGACAUGCAAAAUAAACUCUCACAGAUUUGACUCUGAUU